CCAUUGCAGGGAUGGAGUAAUGAAUUGUGAUAACAGCAUAAUAGCACACAGCUGCCCAGUUGGACAGAUAUAUAUUAACUGCAGUAGACCACGAGUUGAUCCUGAACUCAGCAGAGAGAGAACUUGUGAGAAUCAGCUGCUAAACCUCACUUUCUCAGCACACCAUCCUUGUGUUUCAGGUUGUGUCUGCCCACCAGGUCUUAUUAAACAUGGGGAUGUGUGCUUGGAAGCAGAUGAAUGUCCAUGUUCAUGGAAAGGAAAGGAAUACUUUCCAGGUGACAAAGUAAUUUCUUCUUGUCAUACAUGCAUUUGCCAGCAUGGAUCAUUUCAAUGCACCUUCCAUCCUUGCCCAUCAAUGUGUACUACAUAUGGGGAUCGGCAUUACAGAACAUUUGAUGGACUAACAUAUGACUUUGUUGGAACUUGUAAGGUUUACCUAGUUAAGGGUACUUCGUCAACCAGUUUUUCUGUCAUUAUAGAGAAUAUUAACUGCUUUAAUACUGGAAUAAUUUGCAGAAAAAACCUUUUCAUUAAUGUUGGAAAAUCUUUUUUAAUAUUUGAUGAUGAAACUGGAAAUCCAAGCUUAUCUAGUUACAUAGAUGAACUACAAAAAAUACAGUUAUGGAAAGCUGGAUUUUUCACUGUUGUUCAUUUUCCUGAUGAGCACAUCACCAUUCUUUGGGAUCAGAGAACAACAGUUCAUGUAGAGAUGGGUCAUCAGUGGCAGGGCAAAUUGGCUGGAUUAUGUGGAAAUUUUGAUUUGAAGACGGUAAAUGAAUUGAGGACUCCAGAUAAUUUUGAAUUAACAAACUCACAAGAGUUUGGAAACAGCUGGACAGCUGUAGAGUGUGUUGGCAGCUCUGACAUUCGAAAUCCAUGCAGUUUGAAUCCCCUUAGAGAGCCAUUUGCCAAGAAGGAAUGUGGAAUACUGUUAAGUGAAGCAUUUGAAGCUUGCCAUCCAGUGAUUGACGUCACCUGGUUUUACUCAAACUGCUUGACAGAUACAUGUGGCUGUAACCAAGGAGGUGACUGUGAGUGUUUCUGUACAAGUGUAUCAGCAUAUGCCCAUCAGUGCUGCCAGCAUGGAGUUGCUGUAGACUGGAGGUCCCCUAGAGUGUGUCCUUAUGAUUGUGAAUAUUUCAACAAAGCUCUGGGAAAGGGCCCAUACAAACUGGUCAGCUAUUUGAAUGGAGAAUUUGUAAUGGCAGUGAAACUGGUGGAUGGUGUGGUUUUCCCAGUGAGAGAAGAAGAUAUUGUUCCUGGACAUGCAGUGAGCUUUAUGCUGACUUCAGGACUUUAUAAACCCAAAGCACAUGAUUCCAACUUGAUUUCAUUUGAAACAGCUGAGAGACCAAACUAUUUUCUUCAGUUGACCACCAAUAAUUCUCUCGUUCUUUCUAAAUGGGAAAAAAGUGAAGAGUUUCACAACAGAUCUACAUAUGUCAUUCACAAGAAUACAUGGCUUUCAGGAUACAGUUCCUUUGAGUCAUUUGCAAAACCAGGAUACUUCAUCCACUUUUCAGCCUCUUCAGUUGAGCUUUUGAAGUACCGUCAUUCAGAGGAGUUCAGACUGUCGACCCUUUUUAAACUUGUAGAUGUCAAAUUUAAAUUUCUAUCCCAUUCUACGUGUGAAUGGCAUUAUGAUGCCUGUAUAAGCCCUUGUUUCAAGACGUGCAGGGACCCUUUGGGAAAAAACUGUCAGGCAGUACCAAAAGUGGAAGGAUGCAUCCCUGCCUGUCCUCUCAAUAUGUUGCUGGAUGAAAUCACUCAGAGAUGCGUGUAUUUUGAAGACUGCAUUGAACCUGCAGAUGAUAGUCCACCUUUGCCACCCAGCAUUCGAACACCAGCAGUUUCACACAUAACAUCAAGUACAAAUUUGGCAGUGAUCAGUGAAGCAGUAACUUCAUUUCCUGUACCUGAAGCAAAGGACAUGGAAACAACACUUGCUUCAAAAUUGCAACUCACUGCAACUACAGGGAAAACUGAAUUUUCAGCUGUUACAUCUAAUACAACACUCCCAACCAUAACUUUAUCGUCAAAUAUUUCUUCACAGUUGACAGAAAUGACGUCUGGGCGAAGCACUACAGCAAUGUCCAGGACAACAAAAUCUAAUGUAAGCUUGUCUUCUUCUGUUGACAUUUCUCCAUUGUUUCCAUCUACUGUCAGUUCAGAAACUUCCACAAAGAUACAAUCCAUCAGUAGUAGUUCCACUAAACUCUUGAGGGCUACAGAACCUCAGACAGUAACUGCUACGCAUGCAGUGACUACAAGGACAGAAUCAGAAAGCAAACCAAUUUCUACAUUUAUUUUUAUUGGGACACCACUUAUACUUAGAACAACAGAAAUGCCAGUCAAAACUAAAAUAAUGGAAAUAUCAGAAGUAGCCACAAAAAUGCUUCCCACAAAAGAAGCACAAGUAAAACCAGAAGGAAUUCCAACAUUUACACCCAGUUCAUUUGAAUUAAUAACAGAAAAAACUACUGUGUAUUUGCCCCAGUUUUCCACAUCACCACCUUCAUAUACACCACCAGUAAACCUAACAGGAACUUCAGAAGGGACAAAAAUAAGUGUAGGACAGUCUUUUACUGCAGUAGCUAAUGUUACAGUAACAUCAUUUUCUCCUGUGAUCACUACUAUGUUAAAACCAGUGUCUUCAGCAACAACAAAAGCAGCAAUUGUUUUGACUGAACAAAGCAUGAAGACUACAUUUUCACCAACAUCCACACCACCUAUUUCAUUAGGAAAGGCAAUUACAGAGCCUCGUAUUGAAAUGGUUCAAUACCUGACUGGUACUGCAGACGUACCUUUCACUACAACUCUAGGUCCGAAGACAACAACUCUGCAAACUCAAGAGAGAUCAUCAGAAACAACUUUGUUAUCAUUUACAAGUCAUAAAAAGGAAAUUCCCAAAACAACAUCUAGUGUGGAGCAUACAUCAAGUUCCUAUUUCCCUCCAUAUUCACUACAUCCUAGUUCUACAACUGAAAAAUCUGUCACUCUUUCUACAAAAAGACCUUCAGUGUCUGUUCCUACUCCUGCUUCUCCAGCUUCAGGUGAAUUGAAAAAAACAUUGAAAACUGUUUCAACUACAGGAUAUCCCUCAUACAUAGUUCUAAACACAACAGCGUUCCUGACUACAUUAUACACUAAAUAUCCUGUUGUGGCUGAGACUAUCACAGUGACACCUUUGUCUGUUGAGGUAACAUCCAGAAUAACAUCCCCUUUUGAAUUAGCAGCCAAGUCAACUUUGUUUUCUGGAAAAACAUCUACUGAAUACAAGUCAACUCUGGUUUCAAGUACAGUGAAGACAAGCACUUCAGCGUAUUCGGGUAGUGUUACCACAUCAGCAAUGAAAACCUCUAUCUCAUCAAAAGAAACCACCACAGUUCCUUUCAUAGCUACAGCAAGAGAGUCAGCUCAAAGAACAUCCGUCACUGCAUCUCCACUUACUCUCCUUAGCGCAACUGAAACCACAUUGUUGACAACACAGCCUGAUAAAUCACAAGUGGAAAGAAUUACUAGCAUCUCUACUAGAAAGCCAUCUGCUGUCCCUUCUUCACCAUCAAGUUCUUUAAUCUCUUUAAACAUUUCUCUUCCUUCACUACCUUCGUAUGGAAAAGAAACAUCACUGACAGCUCUCAGUCCCAUGCAUACAGCCCAUGAAACAAUCUCUUUAUUUCCAGUAACAAAAUCUUCUUACGCUUUCUCCGCCUCUCAGUAUCUAGCAGAUAAAUUGGUUUCUUCACAUUCCUUGACACAAAUGAUACCGGAAGUAACAAUCACACCAAAAUACCCAGUAGAAACUAAAAUAGUUUCUACAGCAUUGAAAUCUACAGUCCAAAGUAUAACGGAUACAGUAAAACUUACAGCAGCUACAGCUCAGCCAUCCUUUCCUCCAUCUUCAGUAGGCCCCUUCUCUUGGCAGACAUCUUCAGGAAAGAAACUUUCAGUACAGACCACAGGGACCAUGGCUAUACCACAUUUUUCUACUCAGAAGGCUAUGGAACUUGGUCAUCAGACUUCCGAGUCUUUGUUGACAGGCCAAAGUAGUACCCCAAUUUACCAGUAUCCUGCAGAAACUCUAACAAAAUCCACUGGUCAGCCACAACAUGUCUUUAGUGCAACUGAAGCUACAGUAGAAUUGACUUCCUCAUACCCCUUAAUCUCCUCACUACCUGAAGGCAUUCAUUCAAUCAGUACUACUCAAACUUCAAAACGUGAAAUAUCAUCUGAGGUGCAAACGCCUUCUGUGAGUUCACUACUAACCACAGCUGACCAUCCAAAUGACACAACAGCUCCAUCAGUUUCCUCAUUUGCCCAUUUAUCUACCAAACCACUUUAUGGCUUGACUACAACAUUUUCUGAUGGACUGGCAACAGCUGAAGCCAUGUCAGGAGUCACAGCAUCAGCUUUUAUGCUGCCUAGAGAAACAGCGACUCUUCAGACUUGUACACCAAUCACAGAGAAUGAGUGCAUAAAACACAUUUGCUUGGAUGGACAACUGAUCCAAGUUAAUAAGUCGCAGAACUGUCCGUACAAUGCAACUCAACCCAGCUGUGGAGUUUUAGGAUUUGCUACUCAAACGAAUGGUGACAAAUGCUGCCCAAAGUGGGAAUGUGCAUGUCGUUGCACAAUUUUCUCUGAUCUGAGCAUUGUAACCUAUGACGGAAAUCAUUUGGCUUUAUUCAAAGAAGCAUCCUAUGUUGUUAGUCAAACUCGAGAUGAAACUAUAACCAUCCAUAUCCUUGACUGUAGAAUGAGUAAUUCAGAAUCAACUUCUUUGUGCCUGGCAAUGUUGAAUUUAACCUAUGUAUCAAACCAAAUUAUUAUCAAUCGUUUAAGCAGAAAAAUAACAGUAAAUUCAAGAUUUGCUUGGCCUACUGUUAGAAAAUACGGGUACAAGGUUGAGGAUUCGGGCUUCAAGUAUGCAGUUGAGACCCCAACAAAAAUCAGAAUUCAGUGGUUUCACAACACAGGCGUGAUGAUAAUUGAGUUUAAUAGUACCAGACAGCCAAGAGCUUUGGGACUAUGUGGUUUUUGUGAUAGAAGCUUGGAAAAUGACUUGAUGCUACCCAACAGGACAGUUUUAAGCAAAAAUGAUGCUCCAUCAACUUUUAUAGACAGCUGGCAAGUGCCAGACACGUUAAAGUAUGCUGGAGAAGACAGGCAUCAGGAAACUAAUUGCUCAGUCAUGGACUGCUCAGAGUGCUUAAGACUGGUGUUGAACCAGACCUUCAGCAGCUGUCAUCCUUAUGUUCCACCUGAGCUAUUCUGUAAUAUAUGGGUUCAAGACACUGAGUACAUUCAAAAUCCAUGCAUUUCGCUAGCUGCCUAUGUGGCAAUGUGCAACAAAUUUAAUAUUUGUAUAGAAUGGAGGAGUUCUGAUUACUGCCCCUUCCCCUGCUCUGAAAACUUCUCCUAUCAGGCUUGUAUAGCUGCCUGUGAGGUUGCAGAUAGUUGUCAGAAUAAUGAGGUUGCUUCUCUGGACUCAGACUCCUGCUCAGUGUUGACAGAAGGCUGUGUCUGUGCUGGAGGGACCAUCCUUCACCGAGCUCACACUGCUGUCUGUAUUCCUGAAGAAAAAUGUGCUUGUACAGACAGUUCAGGAGUACCUCAUGCAGUAGGUGAGAUCUGGAAAACUUCUUUGAGCGGAUGCUGUAUGCAAAAAUGUGUUGACAGUGAGACCAUUAUUCCAGUGGAGUACAACUGCUCAGAUAUCCACAAUUUAGACUGUCAGCGAUUUGCAGAAGUGGCCUUGCUUGUUCCUGGUGAUCAGACAUGUUGUCCUCAAAAGAUCUGUAUUUGUAAUCAGAGCCUCUGUGAACCCCUAAUCCCGGAGUGUAAUGGCUUGGAAAAGCUGGUCACUUACUACAGUGAGGAAUCCUGUUGUCCCAACUAUGUUUGUGAAUGUGAUCCAGCAAAAUGCGAACCAAUGGAGCAGUUGCCAAGCUGUCAAGAUGAUCAAACACUAAUUGCUGCUCGGGUGGAGAGUACCUGCUGCAUUUCCUAUAUAUGUGCGUGCGGGGCUUGCUCUGAUCAAAUACCCAAAUGUCAAGAAGGAGAAGUUCUUAUUGUGGAUGGCAACACUACAGAGAGGUGUUGUCCGACAUACCAGUGUAUUUGUGAAAUACAUCGUUGUCCUGAAUUCAAAUGUAUGCUAGGCAUGUCUUUGGUGGAGGUAUGGAGCCCAGAGAAGUGCUGCCCCUUUCGGACAUGUGAAUGUGCAUGCGAUACGAUCCCCAAACCUCAGUGCAAACUGGGGCAGAAACUUCAGAUAGAUGAACAGUUUCAGAACAGUACAGAAAAUAUCUGUAACUGUAUUAAGUACAAAUGUGUGAGAGACAAAGUUUGCCUGAGUAAUGAAAGAGCUGUGCUGCUUCCUGGACAGACGAUCGUGGAACACAGUGCAGAUGGCAUUUGCCGUAUUUCUUAUUGUACAAAUGUGAUUGAUCCCUCCACUAAAUACUACCGAAUAAACACAUCUUCAAUAGACUGUGCGGUCAAGUGCAAAGCCAACCAAGUCUAUCAGCCUCCAAAAGAUUUAACAACUUGCUGUGGUAGCUGUAAGAAUUUGUCUUGUCUCCACACUUUCAGGAAUGGCACAGUUUCCAAUUUUAAGCCUGGUACUGUUUGGAUUUCAAACUGCAUCAGAUACGAAUGCACUAACACAGCAAUAGGGCCAGUUCUGGUUUCCUCUUCAGUUGGCUGCCCACCCUUUAAUGAAACUGAAUGUGUGAAGGUUGGAGGCUAUGUUGUACCAUUCUUAGAAGGAUGCUGCAAAACAUGUAAGGAAGAUGGAAAAUUCUGUAAAAAGGUGACUGUUAGGAUGACUAUCCGCAAGAAUGACUGCAGGAGUAACACACCGGUGAACAUUGUUUCAUGUGAUGGAAAGUGCCCGUCUGCAAGCAUUUACAACUACAACAUCAACACAUAUGCAAGAUUCUGCAAAUGCUGCAGGGAGCUCGGAAUACAGAGACGAACUGUGCAAUUGUAUUGCACUAGUAAUUCAACCUGGGUCAGCUAUUCAAUCCAAGAGCCUACAGAUUGUUCUUGCCAAUGGUCUUAA